UUCGGAUAGGUUUACACUGCCAGCGCGUGCCGAGGCCGUGGUGGAGUUAUGGCGGAUGAAGCUCGCGGAGGGUGUUUUGUCACCCUCACACUUCCAAGAUCACUGGCGGGUGACCGUGCCGAGGAUAUACUCACCGCAGCCAAACAGAACUUCCUUGGAUUGGGUCUUCGAUGAGGAGCUAGCAACGAAGUUACUGAUCCAUCCCUUAGAACAGUUCGUGUGGGGCUCUAGCGAUAGUGCGCAGCCGCCGCCUCCGCGUCGCUCUACGCUAUGCGGGCGCGUAUUCAAGCAGGGCGAACCAGCCUACAGUUGCCGCGAAUGUGGUAUGGAUAACACUUGUGUUCUAUGCGUGGAGUGCUUCAAGGUGUCAGCUCAUAGACACCACAAGUACAAGAUGGGUCAAUCCAGUGGUGGUGGCUGUUGUGACUGCGGUGACACGGAGGCUUGGAAGAGAGAUCCCUUUUGUGAACUGCAUGCGGCUCCAGCCGGCGACGAUCAAUCACAGUCUAAUAUAAACCCCGAGGUGGUGGAACGUAUGAAGAUAGUAGCAUCGGUUGUUCUAUCUUACUGCUUACGACUUCUCACGCAUGACCAUGCGCCGAGUUUACCCAAUGAUCUCAGACUAAAGGACACGGAAAAAGAUCUCCUACAGAUAUUAGAUUCGCCGGACUGUUAUUGUACAGUUCUGUAUAACGAUGAAUCGCACACUUUUGAGCAAGUGAUCACCACGCUGACUAGGGAGAUGAAAUGCAACCACCGUGACUCGGUGGAACUGGUGACGCACAUAGACCGUGAGGGUCGAGCGCUAGUCAAGUGUAACUCAUUCCAGGUCUGCGAUAAACUCAAAACGGAUAUCGAACUCUGCACGGCGAUGUUCGAAAGGUUCACGUCGCGGCACGGGCCCAGUCUGAAGGUUCUCGUCAUGCAUGCGCACGUGAUCGCUCACCAGCUGUACGCGAUGAAGCUCCUCAUGUGGCUCCAGAAUUUCGUAAGUCAAGAGCCUAGUCUCCGUCUGGCCGUGAGUCAAGUGGCCCUCGGCGAGGCCACUUGGGGCUGGAGUGGAGCAGUCGCCAUCGGCAGUGGCGGCGUCGCCAGCGCGGUCAUGCAGAACGACUCGCGCAUGUGGAAGGCGGCCAGGACUGCGUGGCAUCGUUUACUUAUUGCCACCACGUUUAUGGAUUACUCUACAAAGCGAUCUAUGGCUAUACUGUUCACCAAAAAUUAUGCGUCUAUACUGAAGGAUUUCAUCCGCGACGACCACGACCACUCGUUCUCAAUAUCGUCGCUGUCGGUGCAGUUGUACACGACGCCCACUCUCGCUCACCAUCUGAUCGCGCAACACGACGCACUGUUCGUCGUCAUGAACACGUUCGUUAGCGAAUGUAACCGUCGGUGCAACAAUAAGGGUCGCUUAGAGUUUGACCGCAAUCACGUCUCAAUGGGUUUCAAACGAGCUCAAUACAUACUGUACGACGUGAAAUAUCUAUUGAGCUCUGUGCCAAGUGGCUUCGAUGAUGAUCUCCGAAAGGGAUUCUUACACGGACUCUCCCUUAUGUUGAACCUGUUGGUAAUGAUGCAGGGCAUGGACUCGGUUGUCAGACAGGUCGGGCAACAUAUGGAGUAUGAACCCGAAUGGGAGUCGGCUUUCAAUCUUCACGUGAAGUUAGCUCACAGCAUCACUUUAUCAUUGGAGUGGUGUUCGGCGGAGCGAGCUCUUGCUACGUCCGCUUAUCGUAUGGCGCUGCGACGUCAUGCUGACACGUACACUCAUCCACCCAAAGUUGUUAAAGAGUUGGGCAACCAGAGCGCAUCAGUGAUACCAUACGACGUGUCAGUGGAGCCGGUGUCCAUCCACCGGCCUCUGUCCAGAUUCAUAGCAGGUCUACAUCUGCAGCUGCAGCGGCACGGCCUCGGAUAUCAUAGCAGAGAGUUCGAUAGACCGGACAAACCUAAACCGUCGCCCGAGGAACUCAUAGAGCCAGUUCUGCAAACUAUGGCAAUGAUUGCUCAAGUGCAUUCGGGCAUGUGGCGACGUAACGGUUUCGCAUUACUCAACCAGCUAUUCUUCUACCACAACGUCAAGUGCCGCGCCGAGAUGUUGGAUCGAGACAUACUCAUGUUACAGAUCGGUGCCUCCUUGAUUGAAAGCAAUGAGUUUAUUAUCCACGUGUUGAACAAAUUCAACUUGUUGGAAUGGGCGGACGCUGACUUCGAGAAGAGAGGCUUGGAAGAUGAUCAGCUCCGAUACACUAUCAGCAUGGUGGAGGAGUUCUUAGGUUUACUUAUUACAGUGGUGGGAUCUCGGUGGGUUCCGGGUGUGGGUCAGGUCUCAAACGAGGAUCGCACCAAGAAGGAAAUUAUCCAGAUGCUCUGCGUGAAACCGAUGCCACAUUCAGAGCUAAACAGGUCGCUUCCCGAGGAUCAGUUGCACGAAACAGGCUUAGAAGCGGUUAUACAUGAGGUGGCUGAUUUCAUAAAGCCAUCGGGUGGUAACAAUCGCGGCAUAUACAAACUGAAACCGCAUCUGUACGAUAAAUACGACACAUUCUUCUAUCAUUACACGCGCGAGGAGCUCAGCAGGAGUGAGGAGGAACAGAGGAACCGGAGGAAGGCGGCCGGGCUGCAAGAAUGUUGUCCACCGCCAGCGUUGCCGCAGUUGACUCAAUCGUUCCGUUUAUUGGCUAGUUUACUGCAGUGUGACGCGGCGUUGCACGUAUUGAAAACUGUAUUAGAACGUGCCGUUGAUCUAAGGGCGAGAUCGUUCUCCGAGACACAAGUACACAAGGCGAUCCACCUAAUAGGUUACGCGUUACGCGAUGAAGAGAGUGGUCAUUACGAGUUCCUCGCGUUCGCUGAGAGUGCGGCGCGUAGCGGUCUACUUACGCUACUACAACGGCUAGCAAAUAGCCCACGAGUGGACGCCCACAAACAAUUAGCCAAGUGGACCCUAGCUAAGAUGAGGUGUUUACUGGGACAGAGCGAUGAGAACGUCGGCGAGGGGGAAAGUAUGGAGGCGGACGAGGAAGAGAAACCUGCAUCAGAAGAGGCAGCAGAGGCUGAGAAAAAUCGCCGCGCUAAACUAGCUGCCGCUAGACGUGAUAAACUAAUGGCCAUGAUGAAAACUCAGAUGAACAUCUUCAUAGCCAACAACGCUACGCUGUUCGAGGAGACGGUCACUGAGGUGCCGUCGGAGGGGGGCGGUGAUGAGUUGCGCGCGUUAUAUUGCGGCGCCGCGCUGGGCGUGUGGGGGGGCGGGGUGCCGGACUCCCCCCGAGUCUGUAUCAUGUGUCAGGAGGAGGCGCGCGUGGAAGCAAACGGCGUACCAAUGGUGCUGGUAGCAUUCGUUCAACGGUCUAGCGUACUGAACCGGGCCCGUGAACUGGAGCCCGAGGCGGGGUUAGAUGUGGUCCCGCCCACAUGGCGCUCCGCCCACUUGCCCGCAGGCCUACGCACUCAGCCGCACGUGUCCUCAUGCGGACACGCCCUCCACGCCAGAUGCUGGAAGAAAUACGUUGACAACGUACAGGAUAAGGAAAACAGAAGACCAUACCGACUACGCCAACCGGCUGCGUUCGACGUAGAAAAGAAGGAAUACCUAUGUCCGCUCUGCGAACGUCUCUGCAAUACCGCGUUACCUUUACUUCCCGCUCCUCCCCACCCAUCCGGUAGUCCCCCCUUCCUAAACGAGCAAGUGUACGCCGACUCUGUCGACUUGAUACUCAAGUUGAAACAUCAAGUGUCCAGUGAAUCAGUCCACGUGUGCACGGAGACUUGUGAGGAUAUGCAUUGUCAAGCUCGGGCUAGGAGUGUGGGCGCCAUGUCUUCGGAUAUGGAGGAUGGAGAUACAGUAGACGAAUCGGAGGUUUAUGUUUCUACACACGCGGAGAAUCUGCUCUCGUCGGACUUUUUAGUGCACUUCGAGGGGGAUGUACUCGUUUAUAACGAGCAGAAUAGAUCGCUCAUUGAAAAUUUUGCAAGCAUAUUACCGCCUAUAUGCGGACUGGCCGACUCUGGUGGUAUGACGGCAACAGGGGCUUUGUAUCGCGCUACAUCAUAUACAGUACUGAGUACCAAUGCAGUAUUACAAGCUGAGAAGCGAGCACUGUUAGGAGAUCUCCCCACUAGACAUAGAGAUGCUCUACAAGUUUUAAUCAGACUGGCCGCAGCGGUCCCUAGUAUGUGGCAGGCUCCGAAGCAUUUAGCUCAUCACGCUUUAUCUUCUUUAAACGUUCUAGAAAUGACAUCUCCUCUAGCUCACGAACCUUUCGGCACUUUAGUAUCACUCGUUCUAACUAUUCCGUCUCUAUUCUGCAAAACUUCUGGCCCAUCACGGCCUACCCAUCUCGCAAGGAUAAUAACUAUCCAGGCUUUACGCGCCCACAUAACUAGAGCUCUCCUAGUCAUGGACUUCUCCGAUUGCAAAGGAGAACCAAUGGAAGGCCAGGAAGACUUCAAGAAAUCUGAAGAUCUAAGCAAUCUACUGCCACUCGUUAAGGAGUUGCGCAAGGGAGUUUUAGAUGAUAAUCUGAAUCCGUCAGAAGUGUGGGCUGCGGUGAAGAGGCAAUGCUUCGGAUUCUUGAGAUGCUCUUGCUUGUUCUAUCAUUUCUUGAGUGAUAUAAUACCGCCAACUGAAUUGACGGUGUUCGGGGGUGACACUUGGGAGACUAUGUGCGGGUAUUUGGAUGUGCCGAUGACCUUUAAAGAUCUUUUGGAUACGCAAUUGGCUAGGAAAAAAGUUUUGGAGUGGGGUAACAUGCCGGCGGAAAAGUUGCCGCCCCAUGUGGUCUUGGAACCGAUCGAGCCCCCUAAACUGGUGCCUUUGCCUGAAGACUUCUCGGAGCUGAUGAAUGUGGUGUCGGAAUUCUCGUGCCCUAACUCUGAGAGAGAAGACAGCAAGUUCCCGACUAUGUGUCUGGUGUGCGGCAAGAUAUUGUGCAGUCAGAGCUAUUGCUGCCAAACUGAAAUUAAAAAGGCGGGUCGUAGCGGGGCGACGGAGCACGUGGGCGCGGCCGUGGCGCACUCGUUGCAGUGCGGGGGGGGCGCGGGAAUGUUCCUGCGCGUGCGCGACUGCGAGCUGAUGCUGUUGUGUGCGCCAGCACGCGGGGCCAUGCUUCCCGCGCCGUACCUCGACUCGUACGGGGAGACCGACCAGGGGCUGAGACGCGGCAAUCCUUUACAUCUAUGUCCCGAACGAUACGAGAAGCUUCGUAUUCUAUGGUUGAACCACGGUCUUCAUGAACGCAUCGCCAGAUCUUUGGACAGCAAUAUGCUCGUCGCCGCGCCGUGGCAGAACAUGUGA